AUGGGUACAGGCAAUAUAGUUGGUGAAAUACCAAAACACGAACAUGCUGGAAAUGCUGCUUUAGUGAAAACGAAGAUUAUCAAAAGUCAAGUAGUAAAGAAAGCUAAAGGAAACGAUUCAAAACCUGCUACGAUCGUGUCUAAGGUAUUACGAGGUAUAUCAUCACCGGUCACUGCGUUAUUGCCAAAGCCAAUAUCUUUAGUUCGAACUGUGCAUCGUGUACGUGUUAAAGAAAAUCCUCAAUUGAGUAAUCCGUUAUCUCGAGGUGAAUUAGAAUUACCAAACCAGUUUAAAUGUACACACAAUGGAGAGUCAUUCUUACUUCACGAUAGCGGUGGAUCAAAAAGAAGAUUUUUGGUGUUCACAACACUCAAAAAUUUAAAUUUUUUAAGUAAAUGUGAUCAAUGGCUGAGUGAUGGUACAUUCAAAAGUGUACCGAGUAUUUUUAUGCAAUUAUAUACCAUUCAUGGUUUCAUGAAUGGUAAAUCAGUGCCACUUGUUUAUUUAUUAUCACCUGAUAAAACGAAAUCUACUUAUAUAAAAUUUUUGAAGGUGUUACGUCAAAGUUUGCCAAAUUUUUCACCUAAGCGUAUUGUAGUCGAUUUUGAAGAAGCAUUUAUUGAAGCUUUUAAAGAAAUAUAUUCAGGAGUGAAAAUAUCUGGGUGUAGUUUCCAUUUUAAUCAAUGUAUUUGGCGCCACAUUCAGUUAUGUGGGCUCCAAAAACUAUACAACACAGAUAUAACGUUUGCUUAUAACAUACGCUUACUUAUGGCAUUACCAUUUCUUCCGACUGAUGAUGUAAUAUGUGGUUACGAGUUAAUUGUAGGUAGUGACUAUUAUGAUCGUUAUAAUGAUGAAUUGAAUACAUUACUCGAGUAUUUUGAGAUAACGUGGAUUGGUAAGUCACGUCACAAUAGAAGGAAACGCGAUAAGCCAAGGUUCAAUAUUAAAAUGUGGAAUUGUUAUAAAGCUGUUUGUAAUGAUUAUAUUAGAUCAAACAAUUUAAUGGAAGGAUGGCAUAAUGGUUUCAACCGCCGUGUUGCUGUUUGUCAUGCAUCUAUUGGACAGUUUCUAAAUGCAAUUAAAGAUGAACAGUGCAAAACUGAAAUGUUAAUCGCUCAAAUAGAUUCAGGAUUAAAUGUCUCAAUAUCUCGUCGUAAAACCUAUCGUGACUAUGAUAAUCGAUUGAAAAGCAUUGUUAUGAAUUACAACUCCGAUUACAAAUUAGAAUACUUGAAAAAUAUUGCAAAAGUACUAUCAAUAUAAGGUUGUAAUUGAGAUAAAUUUUUA